GACCGUCACGAUCUCGGCCGUCUUCCACCCGAAUUCCAGCAUCCUUCCUGUUACCCCAGAUACAAUCAUGCUGUCCUUGGACUUUGUCUUCUUCUACGUCCACUCAGGCUUGCUUAUCCGGCGGUCCGAGAAUAACUUCAACUACCUGCUCCCCGGGAUGCGCCAGGGCGAUUCGGAGCACCAGCCACAAGUGCUCCUCGUGGGAGAGCACUCGCAGGUCCUUAACGUGAUACUGCAUACGGUCUAUGGUCUUCCCUGUGGCCAUUUUAACCCUACAAAUGACAUGCUCGGCGCCGCGGUUGCAGGCCUGCAUGCGUACGGCGUGCAGCCGAACGUACACCCCGCGCUAGGGACACCGCUCUUUGCGCUCCUCGCCGCACGCACGCCCCGCGCCCCGCUCUUCAUCUACACGCUCGCGGCACAGUUCAACUUUUACGACCUUGCCGAGCACGCGUCCGGAUUUCUGCUUGGCAUCACGCCGCCGUCGAUAUCCGAGGAGUGUGCGCAGCGUAUGGGCCCCGUGUACCUCCACAGGCUACUCGGGCUCCAGACCCGUCGCGUGGAGGCCAUGAAGAAGAUCCUGCGCCGACCGCCCAGCCGUCACCCGCCGAUGGAUUGCUGCAGCGCUGAGUCGCAGGCCGGGCUGGCACGGGCGUGGAUGUUGGCCGCGGCGUAUCUCAUAUGGGAGGCACGACCCGGUAAGUCGAAGCCGAGAUACAGUGCCUGUGUCAUGCUGACGUUCAUGACAGAGCUAACGACGACGUCGAUGGAGGUGACGUUUGAUAAUGUGGCAACGAGUAUUCAAUGCGACGGGUGCAAAGCGGUCUACCGUGAACGUCUGGCCCAAGCGCUGAGCAGCUGGGACCUUCAGAAGGUAUGCCUCGCGUUUGGUUCAGCCGGCGACGACAGCUUAUUUUUCUGCUUGCAGAGAACGAUUUGAUGAGCGAAUGGUGGACAAGCUGGAGUGGCGAGGGCGAUGAGAAUCUUCGUACGAUGUGAGCUCGUUACAUACACGAAUAUCUGGGAUUGAUAUUUCUCGUUAAUAGAAAAGAAAUUAUAUUUAAAUAAAUAAAUACCGGAAGAGUAUUGUCGUAGCCCGAACAAAUUUGGUCCAGCCUUUGCAUGAGAUGCAUGAUGAUUUGCAAGCUGUGUCAUGUAUCUGAGCCUCUUCGUUAGCUGACGUUGACACGAUCGUGGAAAACCGCGGCUGCCCUGCGACACCGACGUCCUGGAUGGUGCCUGAGCGAAAAUGCAACUGAACUGCAGCAGAGGGUAGAUGCAACGCGAUUGGCCAAGUUGACCUCAUCGUCGUCGUUAUCGUGGUAGGUGACUAUUUUGACAUUGAUCUCUUCGGUUUUCAAGAUAGCGUGCUGUGGAGGCUGGCCAGUGCGUGAGUGAAGGUGAGUGGGUGGCAGU